AUGGACUUUGGCAUUAUGUGUAGGAUCCCAGGUUUAGACAAUGACACUUACAAAAUACAAAAUGAAAAUCACCAGCAGUUAAUCAACCGGACAAUACCAAGAAAUCUAGACGGUGACUAUGAGGAAUGCUUGGUGGUAUCUAACUCCUCCUCGGAAAAGUGCAAUGACUGGGUGUACGACACAUCUAUGUUCCAAAGUACAGUCAAUUCACAGUUUAACUUGGUUUGUGACCGGAAACUGAUGGGGUCCCAUGCAGUGAUGGCCUAUUUCAUUGGUACCGUAGUGUCAACUAUUGUUUUUGUUCCUCUUGGAGACAUAGUGGGUCGUCGAUACAUGGUAUGUAUAAGUACAACUCUGACCUUCCUUGCCAACAUAGCUAUGCCUUUCUCCACCAACAUUUACAUGUUCGCAGUCUGUCGAUUCUUUGAUGGAUUUUGCGGAAACUGUCUUUACAUGGCCGCUUUUAUCAUAGCCAUGGAGUUUGUUGGACCAAAGAACCGAAUUUUGGCGGGUACCUGCAUACUUCUGGUGUAUUGUCUGGGGGAGUUUCUGCUGCUUUUACUGGGGUUUUUAAUCAGAGACUGGAAGUGGUUACAGCUCACACUAGCUGUUCCCAUGGCCAUACCGUUGUUAUAUUGGUGGCCUAAAGUGUUGCCAGAAUCUCCUCGUUGGUUGGUUUCUAGGAAAAGAUACACAGAGGCCUUGGCAAUUUUGCGAAACGUCGCCAAAGCAAACCACGUGGAAUUUAACAAAGACCUCUCUGACAUAAAGAUAGGGAAAGAUGAAGGGAUUCUAAAAAUUCUUAAGGAUCUUCUCAAAUCCCGAAAACUAUUGCUUCGUUCCAUCAUAAUGUUUUCUAACUGGUUUGUCAUCUCCUUUAUAUACUAUGGACUUACCUUGAACAUGGGCAAACUUGCUGGUAACUUGUAUAUUAACUUUGCCAUCGGCGUGACCGUGGAAGCCCUGGGAUACUCGCUGUGUUUUCUGAUGAACAAAACUGGCAGGAAACCCAUGCACCUUGUAGUCAUGUUUGGCAGUGGAUUCGGGUGUUUGCUUUCCAUUUUACCAACUCUUUUCUUCGAUUCCUCUUUGACGUGGCUCUUAGUCGCGUUUGCGAUGGUGGGGAAGUUUGGGAUCUCG